GUACCUCGCCUUAUCAGUGUAGGAAAGCAACGUUACGCGGAACUCGUGUGUAGGACGUCGUGGUGACUUUAUUCUAUGUGACACCCACAGGAAACGGAAGCGUCUUUGUUUACCAGAGUAACAUACACGGAUGAGAUAAGUUGUUGAGAAUCAACCCGCAGUUGAACUUUAUUUCUCUCUCUCUUUUUUUAUUUACAUGAUUGCCUUUUUUUAACCGCUGUGGUUCUUGGCUGCUAGUGCUGGAUUACUCGAGAAGCGAAGCGAAACUGUCGAGGUGGGAAAGAUAAACUGGAUUAUUUUGGUCUGAGGCAAGGAUCAAAGAUGGAACACGUCCACAUUAAAGAGGAGGUCCCUGAACUGGAAUCUGUCCAUAUUAAAGAAGAGGUCUUUGAAGUGGAACUUGUCCAAAUUAAAGAGGAGGAACCUGAGGAGGUCUAUGAAGAGGAACCUUCGUCAUUCAAGACCAUUCAGGAUUCUGUUUCUGACCAUUCCAAACACACAAGCAGCUGCCAUCAGUGUACUGAGUGUGGGGAGAGUUUCACUUCUUUAGUAAGCUUUGAAAGACACCAACACGUUCACACAGGAGUGAAACUGUAUCCCUGUAUUGACUGUGAGAAAAGUUACAAUGAAUUACGAUACCUUAAAAGACACCAGCGAGUUCACACAGGAGUUAAACCACAUCACUGUGUGGAAUGUGGAAAGACUUUUAGUCAGUUAGGAAUUUUGAAGAAACACUUGAGAAUUCACACUGGAGAAAAGCCAUAUCACUGUACUGAAUGUGGAAAGAGUUUUAAUCAGUUACAAAGCCUUAAAACACACCAGCGAAUUCACACAGGAGAGAAACCAUAUCACUGUUUUGAAUGUGAUAAAAGUUUCAGUCAGUUAGGACACCUUAGAACACAUCAGCGAAUUCACACAGGAGAGAAACCCUAUCAUUGUACUGAAUGUGAGAAGAGUUUCAAUGAAUCAGGGCACUUCAAAAACCACCAGCGCGUUCACACAGGAGAAAAAACAUAUCACUGUACUGAAUGCGAGAAGAGUUUUUACCAUUUAACAAGCCUUAAAACACACCAACGAACUCACACAGGAGAGAAACCACAUCAUUGUAGUGAAUGUGGCAAGAGUUUUUAUCAUUUAACAAGUCUUAAAACACACCAGCGCAUUCACACUGGAGAGAAACCAUAUCGGUGUACAGAAUGUGAGAAGAGUUUCAGUCGGUUAGGACUCCUUAAACAACACCAGCAAAUUCACAGAGGAAUAUAACCACAAUCCUGAACUGUAAGGGCAUCAACCCUUGUGCGCGGGGGGGGGGGGGGGGAGUCAGAAAUUAGAUUGUUAAAAGUCAUCUGCCAAACUGAAUCCUUGAAACAACCUAAAAUCAAAAAGGAUGCCAUAAAUAACUUCUCUACACCAAGCUCAGAGAGGACAUCUUUGAACCUUGGAAGGACCGAUUCAGUCUCUCAUGGUUAAUUUAACUCAAAUUAGCAAUCGCUGCAAAAAAGGAACUAUGAAAUUACCAAAGAUUGGCACAAAUCAAAACCAAUCAAACAGACACACAUCUGCAGUUCCCUAAUUUGGUCCGCAGAACCAGAAAAGAUAUAAAAAGUAUACAUUGUGUUAUUGGACUUGAGAAAGUUUUAAGUGAAAGGACCGCAUGUUAGAAUUCAUGCUGUAAAUACAAAGAAGCUUGGUUAGAUAUUACGAGUAAGUUCAAAGAAUCUAUUGAGUUGAACAAGAAGUGUCUCGAUUGAAUGUAACACUUUUAUAUAAUGAAGUAGAGGCUAUGUGGAUGAAUAAUGUUAAUGUUAAAAGGAUGUGAUAUUGUAGUAGUUAGAGAGAAGAUAUAAGUUUCUGUUGAUCCUAAUCAAAUGCAUGUGAAUAUCAGCUGUUAAAACCCAAUGUCAAUGUCCUAUUUCUUUACACAGAGAAAACUUUGUAUUUUUGGUUUAUUAUUAACUUCAAUUAAAGUUGGGAGAGCAUCAAACAAAAACUUUUUUUGUUUUCUAUAGAUUACACCAAUCUGAACAGCUCCUGUGUGGUGAUUAUCUAUCAAACCGUUUGGGAUUAAGUUUGAGGUGAUAGGAGAAAAUGUUAUGGGCCAUAUUUUCAAAGAGGAAACAGUUAAUUAACUCCUGUUUUAAUUUUUCAUCUUUCAAAAAAAUCAGAGUUAAUUAAAGACUGGAGUAAGUGCUUUAAAACAUGUGGCCCUAUGUGUUCUGUUUUCAGAGGUGUGAAACAUAAACUGGAUUAAAUGCAAUUUCUUCCCCAGUGUAUUGGGUUGUGCUGUGCGGUGUGCAGUGGAGAGCCACAUUCCCGUCACAUUUCACUCCUGACUGGCCUGAGUCGAGAUCAGAGACAGAUCUGUAGAAUUGCAACUCGAACGAUAAUGAAACUUGAUUGCUUUUUAGCUAAAGAUACUGGAAGAUUUUGAAAAAAAAUGGAUAUUGAUUAUUUUGGUUUGUUAUAACAAAGAAACUAAACGAAACACAUAAUUGUAUCUGACAACCUGUGUAUCCAUUACAUUGGGAACACAAGACCAGCUGCAGAGCAGUAAACAUGCCCCUCAGAGUGCUGUGUGGAGAUCAUUUGAAACGAGAUUCCAAUGAAUCUCACAUUCAAAAGCAAGGUGUCAAGUCUGGGAUGUUAUGCUUUAACAUGGGGAUCAGACCUCUAGUUUUCAUCUCCAAUCCACGCUCUGUUCAGAAGUGUAGUUUACAGUAAGGCAAAUACAACUAGUAAAAUACAAUGUGAAAUAGGAUGCAACAAGUUAGGAUUACAACACAUGAUAUCUACAAUGACAUAUUAGUAGUGCAAGGAUAAUGCAUUAGCUGAGGAUCUAGUAACACGGUGCGUAGGUCAGUGCAUAGUAGGAGGGGUAGAUAAAGAGAUCUACAAGAACAGAUUGGAGUUCUAAUUGGAGUUUUAACAAAAUUCUGCAGGAUCUUGGGAAUAAAUUAUUCAUAAUAGUUAACAAGUUGUGUUUGUGUUUUCUGUUAGGCCAGAGGUUUUCAACCAAGGGGCGCAUACCCCGGGGGUACUUCUAAGGGUUAUAGGGGUACGCAGGAAGAUGUGGGGAACAUUGGUAGUUAUAAUUGAAUGUACUUGGUAAAAUGACAUUUCCAUUCUUAGAUCAAUGAGACUUGAGAUGCUAUGAUGUUAAUUAGGUUUGUCUUUCCCUCAAGCCAACCUUCCCCACAAAACAUACUUGAGUGAUCUACUUCAAAAGGACUAGAUACUGAUAACAGAGUCGCAAAGAUAUCCAUUGGGGAAUGGUUUAGAAUACCUGCUGUGCUGACCUGCUAGUGCUGUAGAAACAAACCAAGCUGAUUCUUAUCUUUUAAUUCAGAAUGUCUGUCUGAAACCCAAAAACAUUUCUUUACCUGUAAAGUAUUAAGAAGGGCGACUAAAAAAGACUAGUGGAUAACUCGACACUGUCGUUUCAUGUGACUGAACUCUGCUUGACUCUCUUGUUUCACGUGACUGACCUCUGACUGGAAACAGAUCGUUCAUUCAUUCAUUCACAACUACAAAGUGCAGCUGGUUACAGUAUCAGUUCAUAAUGAGUGCGAAGUGAAAAAUUUCAAUUGGCUUAAAGCUCGGGUUAUUCGGGCUAACUUGUCAGCAGAACUUUCAAAGCGCGUGUUUUUGCAUGCAAAACAAUUGACAAUGCUUGAUUUCUGUGUGAAACUUGUUAUUAUUGCUUUUGUUCACCAAGUUAAUUCUGUAUAAUGUACAUUUGUUAACUUUUGCAAUUUAAGCUGUCAAAUUAGACCGUACAAGCCAGUAACUAAAAGUAUAGUCAACAGUUUGUGGUUGAAUUAUUUUUGUAAAAAUAACACUGUCGUUAUUUUAUUCAUUCUUAUUUCAAUCGAACUACACGAGUUGUACCGAGUUUGUACAGUGCUGGAUACUGUGAUUGAUUCAUUCACUGCAGUUCUUUCAACUGUUUUCAUAAGGACAUUUAACUAAAAAUAAACUUGUAAUUCUGUAAACAUGUGAGUUCUGUUACUUCUAUGCAUGUUAAUGCC